UUUUUUCAGUACUUUGAACACUACAAUGGACAGCUGGGAGGACACAGAACCUGAAGCGCAUUUCACUAAAAUCAAAAUUGAGGAACGUGUCCGGAACAAAGUCAAAGAAAAGGACAACAUAUCCUUUGAGCAAGUGGGGAGCUGUAGCUAUCUGGAAGAGGUCCAAGAGGUCCAUUCCAUCUUGUUCAGGAAAGUGCUGGAAGAAGUUGAUAAUCAGCCCCCAUCAUCUUCAGAAGGAGAGAAGAACCUCAUUUUGCUGAAGACAGUGCAGUUGAAAAUAGAGGAAGAUGAUAUCCAGGGGCCUUGUUUAACUCAUCAGCCAGCAGAGAUGCAAACUAUGUUGCAAACAGAGGCAGGCUUCAUCCAGUCAUUGGAGAAAAUGCCGGAUAGCAUGGGCAUUCAGGAGAACCCAGGGAAAAUCUUGGCAAUAAGUUUGCCAGAGGGCAUUUAUGCAAUCCAUGAGAUGGAAGUGAUCAAUGGUCCAAAAGAAACACCAGCAUUUCAUGAGGACAGAUGGUCAAUUGAGAAGGAUCCGGAUAUUCCUGGGAUUCAGGUUGAUAGAGAAAAAGAUACAGCUGGAGAUGAAGUCAAGGACCGGCAGCUCCUUGCAGCUGAAGAGGGAAGAAUUAGACCUCUGCCUGACUGUGAAGCAGCAGAUAUUCCAGAUGGUAGAAAUAAAGCUACGCUGUUGCACAAUUCUGAAAAUAAAGAGCAAAGCAAGGACAGUUUAUUCCAACCUCCUGUUGCAAUAAGCUCUGACGUUCCUUCAGAAACCCAGGAGAGCAUAGUCCAACAAGGUAUAGGGAAAGCUAUAAGGUCACAUGCACAGUUUUCUUCUUAGAUACCUAUGAUUGUAAAAGAAAGGACUUCCAGUUCCUUGAGAAACACUGACAUCAGCAGCAGGGUCUACCUGUUAUUAGGAAAGUGGGUGGACUUUCACUCCAAUCAGGCAGAGAAGUUCUUAUCAAUGGU